AUGUUUUUAGAUGACGUAUCUGUGUCUGAUGUCAAUGCAAACACAUUUGAUGCAGUGUCUUAUCUUUUCUCGCAUGUGCUGAACUUACUCCGGGAGAAACCUGAAAUAUUGGAACGAGAUGACGUGACUGUCUUCAUCGAGGAUCUCACUGAUGAUAGGAAACAUUAUGAUGAUACUUCUCUGUCUGAGAAUGGAGUUAAAAUGUUUCCAGACAAUAACGCUAACAGUUUUGUAGGCGUCCAACAAUCGACGUUCGGUUUAACUCCACAGGAAGUUGCUGAACAAGUUUUGAAAGUGGAAAAAAUAUUGGAGGAACAUAAUAAAAGUCAAUAA